CCCUACUUUCUGUCUCAAAACGACUUGUAGUACACAUGGCGCCUGCCACAAACUAAAAAUCCACAAGCGGUCUGCCUAAAAUUCGACCUGCGGUCACUCCCUCCUCUCCAUUGGCACCCCGACUCGCUCACGAUUUGCUCCAACAGUGAGAAAUGAAGUUUCUGGAUUGGUACUUGAAGAUUGCGGUAGUUUCAGCUUUUGUUGGAGCUUCCAUGGAGAUGUUUAUGAUCAAAACCAACUUCUAUGACAAAGUGACUGUCCUGGAGACAGAGAAGCGGGCUUGGGAGAGUUCCCCAGAAGCUCAGGCAAUCAGGGAAGCUCUCAAUCCUUGGAGAAAAAAUGAUGCACAAGCAAGAAAAAACUCCUAGUUUAAUGUUUUCGCAGUUUGCUUUCCUUAUGGUUUAUUUCAUUAAUGGUUUAAUGGCAUGUUGGCAUGUAAAAUCUGGUUUAGAGGGCAAUGCGUCUGUUCACAACAUCGAACUCACUUGUCUGUCUGAGACAGUCAUCUAUGGCUACAAAAUUUGUUGCUUGCUCCAAUUUCAAGAGCACGUUACAGCUAAUAAAUGCUUUGCUACAUUUUCUUUUCCAAUAAAGGUAUACAAGAAAUCAAUUACAUAA